CUGAAGAGGCGUGUAAACACCGGCGGCUUUCACGGAAUCUCAACACAGCAGUAUUUGCUCACGGUAACAAUCGAGUUUACUCAAGUUCAUCUGCACAGUACGUGUGUGAGAGUCGCUUUUUGUACAGACUGCCAUUACUGCUGUAGCAAGACUGAUCAACACAGUGUGCUGGACUACGAGAUCAGAUAUGUUUUCCAACUCAUUGCUGAGGACUGGACUAUUUUUAUGUAAGCAAGACUGCAGUGGAAUAAAAUGCCUGACAUCGAUGUUUCUCAAUGCUCGGACGACCAGUACACUAAUAGGUGGAGAUAAACAGAAAACCAUGGACGACUUGGAUGGUCCCAGCUUUCUGACAUCUUUAUACUGGCUGUUUGGAAAAGGGUAUUUUCAAACGACUCAUCAGAUGCAGAUAGAGCACAGCAAAAUCUAUGGGCCGCUUUGGAAGUCCAAAUAUGGGCCAUUGGUUAUUGUAAAUGUGGCCAGUGCAGACCUCAUAGAGCAAGUUCUGCGGCAGGAGGGUCGUCAUCCCAUCCGUACAGAUAUGCCACACUGGAGAGGCUACCGGAAACUCCGUAAUCACGCCUAUGGACCCCUCACAGAAAUGGGUCCAGAGUGGCAGCGCAUCAGAAGCAUAUUGAAUCCUCGAAUGCUGAAACCGAAACAUGUGUCCAACUACACCAAUGCUAUUAAUGGUGUAGUGAGCGACUUUAUUGAGAAGAUGGCUAAGCUAAAGACAACCAAAGGCAAUGAUGUUAUGGUGUAUGACGUGGCUGGAGAGCUGUACAAGUUUGCCUUCGAAGGAAUAUCCUCAGUGUUGUUUGAAACUCGAAUGGGGUGUCUGAAUGACGAGAUUCCCGAAGAAACGCAGAAGUUUAUCUUCUCUGUGGGGGAAAUGUUUCGUCUUUCUCCCAUUGUGAUCCUUUUUCCUAAAUUUCUCUGGCCCUAUAUGCCUUUUUGGAAGCAUUUUGUGGCUGUUUGGGACCAUUUGUUCAAAGUUGCGGAUGAACUGGUGCAACAGAAGAUGACCGAGAUUCAGGAAAAGGUGAAAACUGGUAGUCCAGUGGAGGGCGAGUAUCUCACACACCUGCUGAUUAGUGAACAGAUGUCCUUCACGGAGGUUUUGGGAAGCAUUACUGAGCUUCUGCUGGCUGGUGUCGACACUACUUCAAACACUAUUUCUUGGGCUCUGUAUCAUUUGGCACGAGAGCCGGAGAUUCAGCAGAAGCUGCAUGAGGAGGUGGUCAGCGUCUGUCCGGGUGACAAGACGCCCAGCAGUGAUGACAUUACCAGGAUGCCACUGUUGAAGGCCAUCGUUAGAGAGACACUUCGAUUAUAUCCAGUAGUUCCUGGAAAUGCUCGUGUUGUUGCAGAAAAUGAAAUAGUGGUUGGUGAUCACCUCUUCCCUAAAAACACUCUGUUCCACCUCUGCCACUUUGCGGUGUCCUACGAUGAGACGGUGUUCCCCGAUCCUUUUGCCUUCCUCCCACAGCGCUGGAUCCGAGAGCAGAAACAGUUAAGCCAGCAUCCCUUUGGGUCCGUGCCGUUUGGUUUCGGCAUCCGUGCUUGUCUGGGCCGCAGAGUGGCUGAACUGGAGAUGUACCUUCUCUUGUCCCGGUUAAUCAAACGCUAUGAAGUGCGUCCAGACCCUUCAGGAAAGACUGUGAAGCCGAUCACACGAACUCUGCUGGUUCCUGCAACAUCGAUUGACCUGCAGUUUAUUGACAGAUAAAAAGAGUAAGAAGCAUCUGUCAAAGCAAAUGCGUCUGUAUCAGUAACUGUGCACUUCUUUAAUCUUCUACUUUAUGUUUUUAGCCCUGUGAACACGUAGCACUUACACAAAUACAUGGCCUUGCUGUUGCCUUUUUUAGGUAUUUUUUAUUUAUAACAAACAGACUUAUUUUACCACCAGAAAUACUUAUGAACUAAAGAUGUACAAUUAUUGUUAAAGGGACAGUUCACCCUCACCCCCCACCCACAAAAAAAAUUUCAUGGUUUACUCAUCACUUAAGCCUAGUUCCCGCUACAUAACUUCAAACAUUAGCAGAUUGCUGUUUGCUGUGCCGUUCAGACUGCAUGACUGCAUUUGGGCUCAAUCCUGAUCAUUUUUACCUUGCAGAUUUUCACCCCAUCAUAGCCCGAUCGUCGACGAUCUGUAGUGUGAACUAGAUAUUACUUG